AAGGAACGGGAGAACGGUGUAAUAUUGGUGUAAAAUCUAUUAGUUUUCGCAUAAAUUGAGAAGAAAACAGUAACUAUUUGUCGCGGAAGUGUAUCUACCCAGGGCGGGGUUCGUCUGUUACGCGUGAGAAUACGUCGCCCUCGCGCGUCACGCUUCCGCCCUCACGCGAGCGAGCUCGUUCUUUUGUAUUUUUCGGUGACCGGGACUCGCGUUACGUACUUCGAUGGAGGCGACGAUGGCUACCACCGCGCCGGUCCCUGCCGCGUCCAACAGCAGCAGCACCGCCGCCACCACCAACGAGGGCAUUCUUAUAGGAGAUAAGGUGUAUUCCGAAGUCUCCCUCACUAUAGAUAACUCGCUAAUCCCGGAGGAGAAACUCUCCCCGACGCCGUCCAUGCUCGACGGCCUGGACCUUCACACCGAAACCGACCUCCGUAUCCUCGGCUGCGAGCUCAUACAAUCCGCAGGGAUACUCCUACGUUUACCACAGGUGGCAAUGGCAACCGGGCAAGUGCUGUUUCAUCGGUUUUUUUACUCGAAGUCGUUUGUGAAACACAGUUUUGAGAUUGUCGCCAUGGCCUGUGUCAAUCUGGCCUCAAAGAUCGAAGAAGCCCCACGUCGAAUAAGGGACGUGAUCAAUGUCUUUCAUCAUUUGAGGCAGAUUAGAGGAAAACGGAGUGCAAGCCCAUUGAUACUUGAUCAGAACUACAUAAACACGAAAAACCAGGUGAUCAAAGCCGAGCGACGUGUGCUGAAGGAGCUGGGUUUCUGUGUCCACGUCAAGCAUCCGCACAAGAUCAUAGUCAUGUACCUGCAGGUCCUCGAGUGUGAGAAGAAUCAAACGCUGGUCCAGACAGCUUGGGUAGUCCAUGAUGGUAAGUGUCAUAAAGAACCUCUGAACUCUGCUCCUACAACCACAUGACCCCAGGAAUCUGCCCCCCCUCACAUUGGCUGCCCGUCUCGAGAGACGGCCAAUCCAGUGAGAGCUCUCUGCCCGAGAAUCACUGAAGGGGGCCUUUUCCAUCUGGCAGCAUCACCUUGUUUUCUUGGGGGUUGUCCAAAAGGAUUUGUAUUUUUGUUGUUUUUGCUACAAGAUUUUUUUGCUCCCUUUUAUUUAUUAGAAAUUCCACAUUUAUAACUGAAGUUUACCAGCUAAGCAAGUAGGUAUUGGAAAAAAAAAUUUGUAGUAAGUUUUUUUUUUUUUUGGUAGGUUAAUGUACUUGUGUAUUGUGUGUGUUCACACUGAUGUGGUUUCUAGUAAUGUGUCUUCCAGGAAUCAUCCUGCUUCGAGGAAUCAGUUUCCUUUUUUCCUUCAUCGCGUCUUAAUCGGUUUCCAGAGAGGCUUUAAUCAAUCCAGCUUUCUUUCAUUUUUUCAUCUAUACACCCCCCCCCCCCAAUCAUCUCAUAUCUAACAAGCAAGUCAAGUCUGUCAGUGUGUAGCUGCAAUGCAUUCUGGGCCUUUGAGUUAAUAGAUCUCAAUCGGAAACCAAUAUCAUUCCUCAUUUGAAAACAUUUUAUAAUAAGGAUGAGCAUCAGGGUGGAGUUUUCAUUUAGGUAAGGGUGGUCCCCGACUUCUGUUCCAGGAGCACGUUUGUAAGUCUGAUUUGUUCUUAACUCAAAGUGAGUCUUAAUACGCCUUUGACACGAUUAUACAAUGUGUAAAGCAUACCAAUCCAGUUGAUUGAAUCUCUGUCCCCUUGUCCACACACAUGCCCAAAAAAAUGCAACCGGUUUGAACGGUGUCGUCCCUGGGUCUUUAAAUCGCGAGAGGAAUCCCCGGACACCAUUUUUGUCUUGGAGCUGUUUUCCACUGUAUUGGACUGUAAACUCAAGAAAUUAGGAUUAUUUACCAUCAGAAGCCAUUUUCUAUCAUGUCCACUCCAGUGUCUAUUUUUGUACAGUACAUUCUACUUCAAUCUACUUCCGUGAUUGAAUCGGCCGUAGAACCGCAGUCCAUAAGUCGGGGACUACCUGUAUAAGAUCCUUGGAGGUGUGUGUUUAUUUUUUGACAUAAUCGCUGGUCGUUUCUGAUGUUCGCAAGCAGCUUCCAAGGAUAAAAUCAGUCACACGCCAUGUAGUGUGAUAGUUUUAUUCAGUUUUGUGGUCCGUUUCUUUGACUAAGUGGCCUCUGCUGUGCUCUUGGCUUCUGUCUUCAUACGGCUCACGCUGUCCCGUCGCAUGAUAUCAUCAGCAGGUUUUUCUUUGGUCUGUGUUUUGCGGCCACCAGCUUUGCCCCCCCCCCUCAUCAUUUGCGUUUGCCAAAACAGUAGCUUAGGUGACGCAGCAUCCGACGUCUCAGAAGUGCCCGGUAAAAAAAACGGACGAGAUCAGAUGCCUCGCAUUGUAGCUCGUAGUUAAAUCACCUGAUUUGCAUCAUGAAACCCCUGUGAUCAUUUAUUUAAAAGCGCUUUGCAUGCGCGGGCAGUAAAUCAGACCCUUUAUAUUUUUGAGUGCAUGUGUGUUCUUGGGUUGAGUGAACCAUUCCAGUGUGAACACGCUCCCAUCUGUUCUGCAUGUCUGUUUUUCUUUUCAAAAAAGAUAAAAGAAAAUAUAUUUGUUUUAUACUGCCGUUGCUUAUUGUUGAAGCAGCCAUGAGUAUGUGUGUGUGUGAGAGAGAGACAGAGAUUUUAAAAAGGGGGAGGGAACGGACAAAGCUAAACAUGAGUCUCCUUAAAAACGCACCACGAGUGCGAGCAGUGCAUUAUGUGGGGGAG